GGCGCAGCCGGUCGUCGGAGAGCUUUCGCCUCGACAAGAUAUUUCAUCGGCAGAUCAAGGGCAGCAGGUCCAUGGCGUCCAAGGAAAGUACUGACAUGGAUUUUGGAGGGGGUGGCCUAUCCCGCCAGAACUCGGGCACCGCUGGGUCAUGGGAGUUUGACGCUGCGUUGAUGACCCGAGAGUUCAAGUUUGUGGAGAAGCUGGAAGAUCAGUAUGUGUGUCCUACCUGUGGACAGGUGGUCCUGAAUCCACACCAGACAGGCUGUGGGCACAUUUUCUGCUACCAGUGCAUCCAAGGUUUUCUGGACAGUGAUAUAACUCCAAAAUGCCCCAUUGACGACAGUUUUAUUAAAGCCAAUGAGGUUUUUCAAGACAAUUGUUGUAAAAGAGAAAUAGCCAAUCUAGAAAUAUAUUGCACCAAUGCUCCGAAUUGCUCGAGUAAGGUGACUUUAUGUCGUUUGCAGGAUCACCUGAAGAUAUGUCAGUAUGAGUCAGUUCAGUGCCCCAACUCAGGUUGCUCCGAGACUCUGUUCCGCAAAGAUGUGGGGGAUCACCUUGACAGCCAGUGCCGCUAUCGCUUGGAACCCUGUCCAUAUUGCAGGAAGCAUUAUGCUGUAAUUCAUCUCAUGGACCACAGAAACUCCACCUGCCUUGAGGUCAAAGUCCCAUGUCCCAACAACUGUGACCAGAUGAUAAAAAGACACGAGCUUAAAGAGCAUUACCUUGAGUGUCCUGAGGUUGAAACAGACUGCAUGUACAAGAAAUAUGGCUGUUCUUUCAGGCAGAAACGAGUAAAGGUUCAAGCCCAUGAGGAUGCUGCACUGAAUGAUCACCUGGUCCUUGUUUUGGAGAGCAAUACUAAGUUGGAGAAACAGAUUGAUGACCUGCAGCAUAGCCUGGUGUUGAAACACCAUGAAUUCCAGGAAAGAACCAGCUUGGCCGGCAGCCUGGAGAAUCAGGUCAAGCCACUGGUACAAGAGAUGACCAGAUGUGAUAACAUGAUCGGCACUGUUCAGAGGUCCCUUGAGGAGCAGAAGGACAGGGUGGACUCUGUCCAGCUGCAACUGCAGCAGCUGACCAGAGCCUUCAGUCAGGACUUGGGCUGCACAGAGCUGGCCCAGUUGAGGGGCUCUCUGGACAGCCUGAAACAGCAGGUUUCUGCCAUCGAGGGUCUCAAGGAGAGGCUGGUGAUGUUGGAGGAUAACUACAUGCGUCAUUCCCGGCUCCUGAAUAUCCACGUGGACCAGUUCCAGCGCAAUGAGGAGCGCUUUCGGGAGUUGGAGUCCACCUCCUACAAUGGAAAGCUCAUCUGGAAGAUCCGCGACUACCAGAAGAAGAAGGAGGCAGCGGCUGCCGGUGAAGGUCGCUCCCCCUUCAUGCUCAGUGCACCCUUCUACACGAGCCGCAGUGGAUAUAAGCUGAGAGCUCGGGCCUACCUGAAUGGGGAUGGGUCAGGUCGUGGCACCCACCUCUCCCUCUACAUUGUGCUCAUGAGAGGUGACUUUGACUCAUUGUUGCCCUGGCCCUUCCAGCAACCAGUGUCCCUCACCGUGUUGGAUCAGAGUGGCGCCCGCAAGGAUGUCACCAUUGUUUUCAAGCCGGACUUGGCCAGCAGCAGCUUCCACAGGCCUGUCUCGGACAUGAAUGUGGCCACUGGGUUCCCUUGUUUCAUUUCCCAUGCAGAGCUUGAAUCUGCCAACGACGCAGCCUUUGUGAAGGAUGAUACACUCUUCAUCAAAGUCAAGGUGGACACAACUGGCUUGGAAGACCUGUAGCACUCCAUGCUCUAGAUAUGAUGUCAAGAUAACAAAAUGAGAUGCAUGACAAUCAUAAAAACUGAAACACCAAACACACAAUCAUAAAUAAUUUGAACUCUGAAAUGUCAAUAUGCAUUUAUGGUUAUUACCAGCCCUUAAGUGAAAACAAAAUGCUGUAGUUGCCUUGAAUAUUCAGAACAAAGUCUGAAAUUUCAUUUUUACUUUCAUUUUAAUAUAAUUUUAUACCAAAGCCAAUCUUGUGUGUAUACAAAUAAAAGGUGUC